AUGAUAAUCAGAGUAAGCUGCCUGGUUGUUGCUUCUGUUGCUGCCCUUUCGUUUUCACAGAUAAACAUAGGAUCUUACAGGAAGCAGAACACUAGAAUUGAGGUUUCAGACGCCCAUGAAUCAGCCCUGCAACACCAGCAGAUUGAAGAAAAAAAGGAAGAGGAGCUUCAAAAUUCUAAGGACGAGGAAGAGAAAGAGGAGAAAAAGAUCAACAAUAAGAUGCAAAGAAUCUUGAAACCUGAGGAAUUUGAGUUUCUGGUGUGUGAUAAGGAAGUGACAGAGACAGGGCUAUUACAGAGUUUAGUGGUGGAAGUGGAGCAGAGGAGAUUGAUUCUUGAAAGGAAACAGCUUGAAUUAUAUGGUCUGAAAGAAGAGCAAUCGUGCAUUGGCAAGUUGAGAAGGCAAUUAGAUGACAAAACCGCGGAGAUUAACAUGCUUAAGAUGAGGGUUGAUUCAUUACAGGUUGAGAGAAAGAUGCUUCAUGAAGAAAUCAAACAGGGUCUCUUGGCAGAGAAGCAGCUAGAAAUGGCAAAGAAGUUGCUGAAGGGAAUGAGGGAGAACAUGGGUGCAAAUGCAAGCCAUGUGAUGGGGCGGUUGAUGGUGCUGGAACAACAAGUUUCCCGCUUACAAAGUGACGGAAUCUCAUUUAGAGAUGCCAUGGUUGAGAAGAAGCUUGAAUCGGUGCAAGAUGUUGAGCUACAAGUUGUAGAAAUGAAGAGGAGGAACAAAGAGCUUGAGUUAGAAAAGAGGGAACUGGCGAUUGAUUUGGCUCUUCUAAGAGAAAGAACAGCAGCUCUUUCCAACAUGACACAGGAUAAAAUUAUGGCCAAGGUCAAAGAGGAACUAACUAGUUUAAGACAUGCAAAUGAAGAACUUCAAGAACAAGUUGAAAGAUUGCAGCAGAACAGAUUUAACAUGGUCCAAGAACUUGUGUACCAACGCUGGAUCCACACUUGCUUAAGGUAUGAAAUCCAAAAUCAUCAAAACCAGUCAAGAAAGGCCUUAAAAAGCCAAAAGCCUCAUGAGAAAACUAAGACUUUAAGGAAAUUGACAACAUUUCACAACAUUUCUUCCAACACCUCCUCAGCUGAGAGUGAAGAAAUUGACAGUAGCCCAUUUGAUAGCUCAUCAAGUAGCCAACAAAUUUCUAAGAAAACCCAAACUUUUCGAUGUGCGAGGAGAGUUUCGUUUAACGAUUCUGUUCAAUCAGUGGAAUCAACAUAUCUAGAUGGAAAGGAAAUUCCUGCUAUGAGGACUGAAAUUGAUAAUGAUAGCAUCAAUCUGCAUGAAGAAGGAAGCAGGACUGAAAUUGUUUCUGGAGAUCAUGAGCUGCAUACAAAAAUGCCCAAAGAGCUUCCUAUGGAUAGCAGGGUUAAGACCCAUGUAGCUGCCCUCUUCUUUUUCUUCAUUUUACUCAUUUAUUUCUUAUAUCUUUCUGCUAUAAAAUACUAA